AUAACAUGGCUGAAGUAUUUUACAUCUCUGGGCUUCCAAGUGACAGAUGAUACAGAAGUGGUAAUCAUGCACCCGGACUACAUGCUCAGGAUAUCACAGUUUUUGAAGGAAUAUUAUAAAUCAGAAACAAAAAUGAGAAUCCUGCAGGAUUAUCUGGCCAUUAGCUUCAUUCACUCUUUCAUGCCAUACUUUGAUAAAUCAUUAUUUCAAACCAAAGAUACAGAGGAGGAUGUAAUGGAGGAAGCAUGGAAGCGGUGCACAUUUUAUACAAACAAAGCUCUGGGGUUUUCAACUGGU